GAGAGUUUCGGAGCAGGCAGAAGACUUUGAAUCGUCGGCUCGUUCGUACGGGAGCUGAUGAUCUUUGAUAAAAUCUCGUGUCGAGCAAUCUAAGAUUGAAAAUCGUUUGCGUGCGGUAACAUUGAUUGUUCUGUGAUUUUGUGAGCUGACGCUCGUAUCAUUCUCGCGAUCGUCCUCGGUCUCGCGAUCAAGAUCUCCGACUGCAAAAGAUCUACGAUUUUUACAUCCGAUUCGCGGAACGGCCUUGUCAGAAGGACGAAAAUCUCCGCGUGUACGCGAAUUGCUCCGAGGGUCGGCGUCGCCUUGCUCCGCACCUUAUGCACGAAAUAACGUUUUGUUAAUAACGACACGAACUCUCAAGUUUUUCUCCCGCUCAAGAUCCUUCAGCGAAUCUGAGGAUUCGCGUAACCGACUGUCUUAGCGCUCAUCACUGAGCGUAUCCCGGUAUUUCAAUCGGGACGAUCUCGUCGAGAUCGACUCCCAAACAGAUAUAAAAAUUUAACAAGUUUAAAUUCAAAGUGGCUGGAUAAAACUAGUAUCGAUGGCUUCGAUAAAACUAGUAUCGUUCGAGGAGGAACUGAAGAAGAAUCCUGAAUUGAAAGAGGCAGAUAUUCAAAUGUUGAGAGAGUGGUGCGAAAAACAGCCUCACUUACCCAAGAUAUCAGACAGCGAAUUAGCAUUGUUCUUGCAUAGCAAUUAUUAUCGACUCGAACCGACGAAAACUACUAUCGAUACUUUUUACACAGUUAGGACUCACGUACCUGAGUUCUUCUCCAAUCGAGAUCCUAAUAACAAUAAGGAACUCAAAAAAGCAACUGAAACGGUAACACACCAAGUUUUGGAAGGAACUACUAAAGAAGGCUAUAAAAUCAUUUAUGGAAGACUCCUAGACGGCGAACCAUCGCAUUUUGUUUACAACGAUGUGAUGAAAAGCCUAAAUAUGGUGAUCGAUCUAUGGCUUUACACCGAGGGCACUUGCGAAGGCCACAUAAUAUUAUUUGACAUGAAAAACGUUUCUUUCGGUCACGUCGGCCGUUUGAGUCCUAUGGGCCUAAAGAAAUUCCUCUACUAUCUACAAGAAGGAUUGCCUGUCAGAUUGAAGGGUUUACAUUUUAUGAAUUCUUCUCCGGUAAUGGAUGUCAUUAUGAAUAUGAUGAGACCAUUCAUGAAAAAGCAGUUGAUGGAUAUGUUUCAUAUGCAUACUACGAGCGACACUCUGGAGAAAUUCAUACCGCUCGAAGUUCUUCCGAAUGAGUCAGGCGGUCAAGCCGGUUCUCUACAGGAGUUACAUGAUAAACAAAUAAAAAAAUUGGUAGAUCACGUUGCUUGGUUCCAAGAGGAAGAAGCUCAUCGCGUUAAUGAGGCGCUACGACCGGGCAAGGCGAAGACAGCAACGGAUUUGUUUGGAGUUGAAGGAAGCUUUAAAAAGCUCGAAAUCGAUUGA